AUUUUCUCUUGAGCUUCUCUCUCAAGCAUCGUCAUUGAAAUUCUUGUGUUUGACUGCUUGCGUUCUACAACCAAGUGUCGGAGUCCCUCUUAACUCCCUCAAGACCCUUAUCGUGAUGGGCGUUGUGUUAGAAAGGGGACAACUUGAGGGUAUCUUGUCCUCUUGUUUGAACCUUAAUCAGUUAAUCAUAAAGUAUUGCAAACUUCCGUAUAAGCUAUGCAUCUCUGGUACAGUAACAUCUGUUCUUUUUGUUAAUUGUUGCGAAUUGGAUGAGAUUGAUCUUCAGGCUACAAAGCUUCGUAGGUUUGAGGGUUCUUUUGAUGACAAAGUAAAAUUUUGCUUCUCUUCUGUUCCUGUGUUGAAACAUGUAAAUAUUUGCCUUAUCGGAGGUGCUGGAAUGCCAUACAUAUUUGGUGAAUUUGCAAGAGACUUACCUGCUCAGGUUAAAUCUUUAAUCAUCACAGCUUAUUCUGACCAGGUAGCAAACUUCCCAACAGAGACACAGAUAUUCAGAAACCUUAGGAAGUUAGCCUUGCUACUUGAGAGCACAUACGACUUUGACAUAGUCAAAGUUUCUCCCGUCUUAGAUGCCUGUCCUCUUCUCCAAUAUUUGGAUUUAGUGCAAAAGAGUACAAUUACCCAAAAAGCAAGAAGAAGUGGCAUAAGAUCUUUAUCUCCUACAUGUCACACAGAGCUAAAAGAAGUGAGAUUCGGUGGAUUUCUUGGAAUACAAGAAGAGAUUGAACUUGUUCUUUAUAUUCUAAAAAGUGCAAUGGUACUCAAGCGGAUGUUUCUCAGCCAAUACCUAAUCAGCCCAUAUUAUAGUGUUCAUUAUGGUUUUGAUACAUGGAAGAAAAGAGAACGAGAACGCCUCUCAAUCGAACAGAAACUUCACCGGCAAGCUAUCUCUAGUAAUGUUGUGGUGAUCAUCCAAUAAGUUUGUUUUUGUGUAAAUACUAUAUCGGCUCUCUAUUAUCAUUAGUGGUAGGUCAACUUGUAUAGGUUAUCCAAGUACCUAUUUCUUUGCUAUUACUUAAGAAAAACUAUAGUUUAUGAUUGUUUCCCUAAGACUACCAUUGUCAUUAUGCAUGUUUAAUGAGAGCCAUAGUGUGCUUGAGAAAGAA